ACUUGGACUAUUGCAUAUUGAGAGAGAAAGAGAGAGAGAAUGAGAACUCCUUGCUGUGACAAAUCUGGACUGAAGAAGGGCACUUGGACAACAGAAGAAGAUAGAAAGCUAACAGCUUAUGUUACUAGGUAUGGCUGCUGGAAUUGGCGCCAACUUCCCAAGUUUGCUGGUCUAUCGAGGUGUGGGAAGAGUUGCAGAUUGAGAUGGAUGAAUUACUUGAGGCCAAAUGUGAAAAGAGGAAAUUACACUAAAGAAGAAGAGGAAACCAUCAUUAGAUUACACGAAUCUAUGGGGAAUAAAUGGUCCGCUAUUGCUGCCCAAUUACCCGGAAGAACCGACAAUGAGAUCAAGAACUACUGGCACACCAAUCUCAAGAAACGCACGAAACAAAAGACGGCCACGGUCAGGCUCAAUGACGAAUUAGCAGCCAAAUCCAAUAACCUUGAAACCAAUCGAGAAGAGAAAUCGAGGCAAAACGACGACGGUUUUGAAAAUUCUGUAAGUGUUGAAAUUCUUGAAAGCUCAUCGUUUUCUUCGGAGCAAGAAUCAGCAAUGGAAUUAGCCUCAUCAUCUGUGACUGCAGUAGAGACAAGUUUGGACUUGAUUCGACAAGAUCACGAGCUUGAUUUCUGGGAGGAAUGUAGCGGAAAUUUCUGGACUGAACCAUUUGUGCCAGAUAGCUUUUAUGAUCAUUCAAAUGAUCACUUCCCCGCGUCGCUGGCUGAACCUGCUGGAGGAUUUCUAUCUCCAUAUCUUGAUCAGGAUAUUUUAUGCCCUUAUGCUUUCUACUAAAUCAAGAUCACCUCAAUCAAGCCCCAUAUUUUUCGCCUUCUAUUCCUGGGUAGAUCUUUUGCAACGAAUAUAUAUAUAUAUAUAUAUAUAUAUAUAUAUAUAUAUAGAGAGAGAGAGAGAGAGAGUGCCCUUGUGGAGAAACUAGAAAUGGUAUCGGAAGUGGAUUUGUAUAGUCUUACCUUCAUUUUCUGAUCAGACAAAUUAUAAGGUUGUAUGGAUCGCAUACCCAUAUAUUAUUACGGGCUGGUAAUUCGACAAUGAAUGAUGUCUCUGCUUAU